UAUCAGGAAAGCCCCGCGUAUUCAUAGCAGUGGAUCUCUUUUUCUAGUUAAACUGCUUUUUGAAACUUUUAACACGCUUUCCCGAAUCCCACCUAUAAAAAUCUGUCAAGUCUUUCCUCCCUUGUGCCUUAUUAAUCAAAUUAACAAGCUGAUAUAGCAUUGCUUAAUUAGAGAGAUGGCCAAGAUACUUCUUGUUGCAGUGCUUUGUCUGAAAAUAUGGAGGCCAUUGGUCGAGAGCCACCAAGAUGAAUCUUGGGCACAGAGAGUCGAUGACGGGAAGCAGACCGCACACAGCCUCCAAUUCUACUUCCAUGACACAGUCAGCGGCCAGAACCCUAGCGCCGUCAGGGUGGCGCAGGCUUCCGACACCAACAAGUCACUGACCCUUUUCGGCGCCGUAAUGAUGGCCGACGACCCGCUCACUGUGGGGCCGGAGCCAUCGUCGAAGCUCAUCGGCCGGGCGAGGGGGCUGUACGGAUCGGCCUGCCAGAGAGACUUCGGCCUGAUCAUGGCCAUGAACUACGGCUUCACCGAUGGCAUGUAUAAUGGUAGCUCUAUUAGCAUUCUGGGUCUGAAUUCGGCGUUGAACCCCGUUCGGGAAAUGGCAGUGGUCGGCGGCACCGGACUUUUCCGAAUGGCUCGCGGGUACGCUGUCGCCAAGACCCACUGGCUCGAUCCAUUGUCUGGCGACGCCAUUGUAAGCUACAAUGUGACGGUUAUUACUUAGGAAUCAAUUAUAUAUUAGGAUUUAAUUAAGAGCAUCAGGUAAUGAAUUUAUUAAGCUCUGCGUAUAUAUUGUAAACAUGCAUGCUUCUUCUUCUGUUUUUACUCCUUUUUUCUUUUUUUUUUUCAGUGUAGCGAACGAAUUAAUUAAUGUUUAAAUCAAUCAUUUUGUGUCUUUGAUUUUCCCUCCGACUGUUGAGUGUACACUACUGUUGACUAUUAAAGGAUGGAUCGAUCUCAAGCGUAUAUUGGGUGGAGUCGGCGAUAGAGAUAUCGAACAUCUUCGAGCUCACCAA